GUGUGUGUGUGCACUUACAUAUCUUACUUCAUGGGGUCCCACCGCAUGGAGCACACCCACCGCGGGGGGCCCACAACCGGUAUGGGGCCCUAAAUGGUGGGCCCCACACCGGUUUUCAUUCAAAAUGAGCUUUGCAGCCCCCCCUGAUGCCCCUCUUGCUUUUUUUUCACUUGGCCCACAAGGUCACAAAAACUGGAAAUGUGUGUGUAAGUGUGUGUAAACUUUUUGCUCACUACCGCCCCCCGGAGCUUGUAAGGUGGAAGGUACGGACACACACACACCGGAAGUUUGUUUACACACUUCAGGAAGUGGGUAGGGUUUUAACAAGAAGAAGAGGAAGAUCAAGCUCAAGAUUGACAGCAUGCAACAGAGCCAUUAUGUCCAAAAGGAGGAGAAGGAUAAAGCCUGUAGAUGAUGCAAAGACAUAUAUUCUGUCUUGCACUGACAAGUCUGGAUUUAUGUCAAGACUCAUAGACAGUUUCAAAGGAAGAGGAGUGUUUGCUACGCAGCCCAUUGAACCAGGGGACUUUGUUUUGGAGUACAGGGGUAAACUCCUCACACAGGAAGAAUGCCAGUCACUAACGUACUCAGAGAUUGACUCCACAUUUCUCUUUGAUUUUGAGUGGCAGAACCGUCACUUGUGCCUUGAUGCAUCUAAAGAAGAUGGAUCUCUUGGAAGAUUAGUCAAUGACAACCACAAAAAUCCAAAUUGUGUCAUGAGAAAAAUCAUAGUAAACAACAAGCCGCACUUGUGCCUUUUUGCCCUGAAGAAAAUAGAGAUAGGAUCUGAAAUUGACUACAGCUAUGGUGAUGCAAAAUGGCCUUGGCGCAGUAUGGUGAAGACUCCUGCAGCAGCAGAGACAGAGACCAGCCCUCUACCUCAGAUGUUCCACAUGGAAUCAAAGCCAGAUGAGACUAACGCACAGGUGAAAGACCCUCAGACUCCUGCAGCAGCAGAGACAGAGACCAGCCCUCUACCUCAGAUGUUCCACAUGGAAUCAAAGCCAGAUGAGACUAACGCACAGGUGAAAGACCCUCAGACUCCUGCAGCAGCAGAGACAGAGACCAGCCCUCUACCUCAGAUGUUCCACAUGGAAUCAAAGCCAGAUGAGACUAACGCACAGGUGAAAGACCCUCAGACUCCUGCAGCAGCAGAGACAGAGACCAGCCCUCUACCUCAGAUGUUCCACAUGGAAUCAAAGCCGGAUGAGACUAACGCACAGGUGAAAGACCCUCAGACUCCUGCAGCAGCAGAGACAGAGACCAGCCCUCUACCUCAGAUGUUCCACAUGGAAUCAAAGCCGGAUGAGACUAACGUACAGAAACUGUUUAACCAUUAG